AUGAAUACAGAUGGUACAGGCAAUACACCUAUACCUAACCUAUUUACCCGGUGGGACCAGCAGAACCACCAUUUGGACCAGUAUGCCAAUCUGAAACCAAAACCCGGCCAGCCUGCGAUUGCGGCCGCCUCUGCCUCACUUCCUGUUCUAGCACCAGUUGUAACCUCUGAACCUGUUGCGGCUAGAGGAAUGACUGGGUCUGUCCCGCUCCCUCAGUAUUUUGGGGGCAACCCAGCUCAGUGCAAAGAAUUUAUAAAUCAGGUUAAAGGAUACCUUGAAAUGCUGCCCCAGGCAUUUCCUACAGACAGCGACAAA